AUGGUUGCCUCCUUACCGCCAAUUCCCGCCGUCCUCGACGACGCUGUCCCUGCCGCCGCCUGGACGCCCACCACAUGGCGUGCCAAACCCAUCAAGCAGGCGCCCGCUUAUCCAGACCCGGCCGCACUGCGCAAGUCCGUCACCGCGCUCGCCCGCAUGCCGCCGCUGGUGCACCCGUCCGAGAUCCACGCGCUCAAGGCGCACCUACGGGACGUGGCCGAAGGCCGCGCCUUUUUGCUGCAGGGCGGCGACUGCGCCGAGCUGUUUGACUACUGUGAGCAGGAGGCCAUCGAGUCCAAGAUCAAGCUGCUGCUGCAGAUGAGCGUCGUGCUCAUCUGGGGCACCAACAAGCGCGUCGUCCGCAUCGGCCGCAUGGCUGGCCAGUACGCCAAGCCGCGCUCCAGCCCGACGGAGAUGGUCAAUGGGAGGGAGAUGCCCAGCUUCCGCGGCGACAUUCUCAACGGCUACCACGAGGAUGAGCGCGAGAUUGACCCCAACCGUCUUCUCAAGGCGUACCAUCAUUCCGCAGCUACGCUCAACUUUAUCCGCUCAGCAAUCGCGUCUGGCAUCGCCGACCUCCGCCAUCCGUUUGACUGGGGCCUGGGCCACGUGCGCGACCCGGUUCUCAAAGAAAAGUACUCGGAGAUUGCGCGCAGCAUCCAGCAGACCCUGCGCUUCCUGCACGUCAUCAACGCGCGGCCCGACGAGCUCGAGACGGUCGACAUCUUCACCUCGCACGAGGGUCUUCUGCUCGAAUACGAGGAGGCCCUUACGCGGCACCUGGCCAAGCCGACUUCGCACUCCCCCGGCAGCAGCCGCGUCGCCACACCUCUAACCCGCUCCCCGCGCCUCAGCAGCAGCAGCGCCGCCGAGCCGCCAAGCAGCGCGCCGCCGCCGGCCACCAGGACGCAGGCCUACUACGACACGUCGGCGCACUUUCUGUGGAUCGGCGACCGCACGCGGCAGCUCGACCACGCACACGUCGAGUUCUUCCGGGGCGUCGCCAACCCCAUCGGCGUCAAGGUCGGGCCGAGCACGCCCGUCGAAGACCUUCUCGCGCUGCUGCGCGCGCUCAACCCGCAGCGCGAGCCCGGCAAGAUCACCCUCAUCACGCGCUACGGCGCCGGGAGGGUGGCGGAGCUGCUGCCCCGCCACAUCCGCGCCGUCGAGGACUCCGAGUACCGCCGCUGCGUCGUCUGGCAGUGCGACCCGAUGCACGGCAACACGUUGUCAACAGGCGCCGGCGUCAAGACGCGCCGCUUCAACGACAUUUACAAGGAGCUGCAGGAGUCGCUGCGCAUCCACAAGGAGCAGGGCAGUAAUCUCGGUGGUGUGCACCUGGAACUGACGGGCGACGCCGUCACCGAGUGCCUCGGCGGGAGUGAGGGUCUGGACGAGGAUGACUUGUCAACCAAUUAUACCUCGUUUUGCGACCCCCGGCUCAACGAGAAGCAGGCCUUGGAGCUGGCCUUUUUAAUUGCCGACCACUUUUCCAAAGAGACCAAGAAGAAUUAA